AUGCAAACGGAGCAGUUGCGUAUCGACGGCUUCAGCGAGUACGAGUCACGGCGGGCCUUGGAGAUCUGCCACCGGCAUCCCCACGAGGCUCAGGCACUACUCAGUGAUGUUCGCCGCUUUGGACUGGGAAAACUGCAAGAGUCUCAAGUUCUGCUCAACUACACAGAGCGGCUAAAAGAGUCCUUCGAGGAGGAGCCUCCGGGUAUUUUGGUCAGCAUAUGGCAGUGGCUGAUCCACAGCCUUGAGAGUGGUACCAACAGCAUGAGAUUCCUCGAGGACUGGAGAGCAGCGGAUCCUCAGACACUACAGACCAGAGCUGGUGGCCUCAUAGCAGUUGCAGCGAAGUACUUAACAUCUUCCACCAUCUUUUUUGUCUACCUUUUCCUUGUGCUCGACUUCCUCGUUGCCACCUCUAUAUUCGACGCAGCUCGUAUUGUAUUCGCGUUGUGGUUCGUUCCACAGUGGCCCCUGCAGCCUCGAUGGAUAUGGGAAGUUCUCAUUGUUGCUACUGCGAUAUGGUUUGUUAUCCGCAUGGCUUAUCAAACGCCGUUGCUUUGCGGUGCGGCUUCGACUAAUG